AAAGAAAAUAGUACUAAUAGGUGUCAUUGUGUGAAACGCAUGAUUGAUCUGAUGGCUUAGAAAGACUGAAAGGUAGGUGCCUUUGGCUCUACAAAGUUAGAGAAAAUCGUUCCGUUUUGUUACAGCCGCCCGCCCUGGUUUUGUUCCUCCGCCGUCAGCCUCGCCGCACAUCACCACUGGUAUGUUGUGUCGUCUCUUGCAUUUACCUUCUCUCAUUCUUCUUCCUCUUUUCACAAAAUCACUCUCCAAAACCAUUCACUUCAACAAAUUCAGAUUUUGUUCUACUUCUCUUGCACUUUCUUCCUCACAAACCCAUCUCACAAAACCUCAAAAUUCCUCAUCUUUUGAUCCUAACACCUUCAAAGUCCUCCAAAAACUUUACCUUUAUCGUAACAACCCUUCACUUGCACUCUCUUACUUCACUCAACUCAACCAACAUGGUUUCACACACAACAUUCAAACCUAUGCUUCUUUUAUUAGAAUACUAUGUUAUUGGAAUUUGAAUAGUAGUUUGGAUAAUCUUUAUCGCGAUAUAAUUACUCGUUGUUCUGAACAAAACCCAUUAUUUGAAAUUCAUGAAUUGUUUGAGAAACUAGUAGAAAGUGUUGAUUUUGAUAAUAAAAAUUGUUACUUUGUUAGAGCUUUUGAUGGGUUUGUUAAAGCUUAUGUUGGUCUUAAUAUGUUUGAUGAAAGUGUUGAGUUCUUGUUUCAAUUUCAAAUUGAGAGGUUUAGGAUUUUUCCAAGUAUGUUUGCUUGUAAUUUUCUUAUUAACCGUUUGGUUAAUUGUGAUAAAAUCGAUAUGGCUUUGGAUGUUUAUGGUCGAAUUAAGAGGCUUGGUUUGUGUCCUAACCUUCACACUUAUGGCAUUGUUAUCAAGGCAUUGUGUAAGAAGGUUGAUUCUUUGAAAUAUGUUGUUCGUGUGUUUGACGAAAUGAAGGAUGCCGGGGUGACUCCGAAUUCGUAUUGUUAUGAAGCUUAUAUUGAGGGGUUGUGUAAUAAUCGUAUGUCUGAUUUGGCAUAUGACGUGCUUCAAUAUCAUAGAAAGAGGAAUGCUCCUAUUGAGGUUUAUGCCUAUGCUGUGGUUAUUCGCGGGUUUUGUAAUGAAAUGAAAUUAGAUAAAGCCGAGGAUGUGUUUUACGACAUGAAAUGGAAGGGACUUGUUCUUGAUUUUCAUGUUUAUUCUUCGUUGAUCCGUGGAUACUGUAAGUGCAAUGAUUUGGGUAAAGCUUCCAAAUUACACGAUGACAUGAUUUCGAAGGGUAUAAAGACAAAUUGUGUGAUUGCUAGUUGUAUCCUUCAUUGCAGGGGUGAGAUGGGUAUGCAUUCAGAAGUUGUAGAUACAUUUAAAGAAUUAAAGCGAUCGGGUGUGUUUCUCGACGGGGUUGCUUACAAUAUUGUAUUUAAUUCUUUGUGUAAAUUGGGUAAGGUGGAUGAAGCAGUAGGUAUGCUGGAGGAGUUGAAAUCUAUGCAUAUCGAUGUAGAUAUCAAACACUACACAACCUUUAUUAGUGGUUACUGUCUUCAAGGUAAACCCGAUGUAGCCUAUAGUACUUUCAAAGAAAUGGAAGAAAAUGGAUUUAAACCUGAUGUUGUUGCUUAUAAUGUACUACUUGCCGGUUUGUUCAGAAAUCGUCGUGAUUGUGAGGCAGUUGACCUUUUGAGUUAUAUGGAUAGUCAAGGUGUGAAGGCGAACUCUACUACACAUAAGAUUACCAUCGAAGGUUUGUGUUCAGCAGGCAAGGUUGAAGAUGCUGAGGCAUAUUUUAACUCUCGGAAAGAUGAAGGUGUCGAAAUCUAUACUGCCAUGGUUAACGGCUAUUGUCAAGCUGGCCUUAUUGAAAAAUCAUAUGAACGUCAAGCUGGCCUUAUUGAAAAAUCAUAUGAACUUUUCUGUGAAAUUUCAAACCAAGGAGAUAUUGCAAAAGAAGGUUCCGGUUUUAAGCAACUUAGCAAAGUAAUGUAUUCUAAAGUAUUAAGUGCAUUGUGCCAAGAGAUUCAAAAAAAAGAAAAAGAAAGUGCAUUGUGCCAAGAGAUUCAAAAAAAAGAAAAAGAAAUUGCAUUGUGCCAGGCAAGGAAUAUGAAACAUGCUCGCUGUUUGUUUGAUUAUUUCCUCGAGAAAGGAUUUACGGCUGACGUUGUAACUUACACAAUUAUGAUAAAAAGUUAUUGUAUAAUGAAUUGCUCGCAAGAGGCUCAUGACCUCUUCCAGGAUAUGGAAAUCAGAGGGAUCAAACCUGAUGUCAUUACCUACACAGUUCUACUCGAUGAGGGACUAAAACAAUUCUAUUAUGGACGCAGAAAAGGAAAGGAUGCAAAGUACAAUGUUUUGACUAUCUGGGGAGACAUGAAGCAAAUGGGAAUUAGUCCAGAUGUUGUUACUUACACUGUUAUGAUUGAUGGACACAUGAAGAUUCAUAACCUUGAAAACGCAAUUAUAUUCUUUAAAGAAAUGAUUGCCCUACGACUAGAACCAGAUAUUGUAACAUACACUGCUCUAGUUUUUGGCUUGUUAAAAGGAGGGUACACAGAGAAUGUGGUUAUGAAGGAAAUAACACCACCCUUGCAUAUCAUCUCAGAGUUAAAACGUCAAAUUAUAAAAUUUAGAAAGAGGUGCAAUUUCUAAAGUAGUGACUCUGUUUUGAAACCCUAUCUGGUUGCUACCUAAAGGUUUGAAAGGGAAGAGAGGCACAGAUCUAUUACCAGAAUGUCAAUGUAUGUAGGUAUGUAUCUUCUUUAUACUGAAUUAGAAUGAUAUGUAAUUAUGAAUGUGUAAGCAAUGUAAAUGAGACGGAUUCAAAAAGGUUGUUCUUGCUGCUACUUGAAUUUUAGAAGUUUAAGUUUGUUGCAAUUUAAAUUUGGAUGUCUUUUCUUUUUACUUCUUUUGGGUUACCUGGAAACAAAACAAGAAUAUAUGAUCUACAAAAUACAGUAGCAGAAGUACCUGCAUUGAGUUAUAAAAACAAUAGUUUGUAAAGUCAUUGAAUAAUUCUUAUAAAAUAGAUGUUGUAAUUCUUAGUUACAGGCAAUUCUUGAUUAUCACAAUUUUUGAAUUACAUUAUGUAGUACGUAACUUGCUAACUCUUUUGCUUAAGAGUUAAGACUAGUACAAUGAGCAUUUGUUCCCAACAUUAUCAUUAAACGUAUCAUUAGUUUUCUUACAUUUACUUGGAUGCCAAGGUAUCAUUACUUAACUUUACUUUUUGUGUCUCUUAGGGAGAUAAGAUACACACUGUAAUGAAAAACAAUGAUUUUUCUAUGUAGAAGCCUAAUUUGAGGGUGGACAGCUGCUAAGUUCUCCAGAGUUUCGAAUUUAAAUUUAAUAUGGCCAACGCCCAAAACAAGUAUUAGAAUUUGGUUUACUCAACCCUACAAAACUGGUUUGCAAGGUAAGGAGAUGCCUCUCACUUGUAAACAUAUUUUCAGACUAUAUCUUGUCCAAUGUGGGACUCUCAACCCACACACAUACUUAGGACUGGACAUCAGUAGUGUGACCCGAAUGACCCGAUAACAGGUGGCUGAACAGAACUUGGACUCUCAACAAUAAUAAAUCUCCCAAUCCAUUCAAAAUUAUCUAAAUGAAGGGAAAAUCUGAAAAAGAACAGAGGCUUCCAGAGGUUAUCACAAUGUUUAUAAUUUCACAGACUUUGGUGAUAUACCAAGUGGCAAGACCUUUGUUGAUAUGUUAAUAGGUCACUAUAAUUCUAAAUCAUUAUUUUACAAUUUAUUUCAUUUGGUAGGUUGAAACUGGCAUUGUCUGUCCUUGCAUAAAUGUCAUUGGACGGUUCAAGGAUCAUAUAUAUUAUGUAUUACCAGCCCGAAGCAACACUAGAAAAUGUUAUAUUUUCCUUUGAAGAUCAUAGUGUCAUGGAUAGACGUCAGAAUUCAAAAGAUGCAGAAGGUGCUCACGUGUAAAGAGAUGAAGGGUUCUAAAUUCUAAUGAGUGAAAAUCAACCUUCACAUAAGCAAUCCCAUAAUGCCAUGAAUAGACAUCAAAGCUUAAAAGAGGAUGCAACUGAUGCACAGUUAAGGAGAAGAAUGGUUAUGGUGGAAAAUCAUGCUUACAGUGUUUGUUUUGCUGCCUUUGGACGCUCUUAAAAAUGGAGGGCUGCACUUUGGAAAGGAACAGCAUUGAAGUGUUGUGGGAGACGCUAUUAUGUUCCAACGGAUGGGGAGAUUUACAUGAUGAUGAGUUUGUUGCUCCAACUAGACCUUGGCUAGUAAUUCUAGAUUUUGUUAGUAUGUUUAACAUAAGUAGUCUAGAAAUGGACAAGGUGAACAAUAGCAGCAAAGUACAGAUUGACAUUGCUUGGCAGAUUGCCAUGAGAAGAUGAGUAGCUAAGCUUGAACUUCGGACUGACUCGCAAGUUAUAGCUCAAAACACUUCAAGGGAGGAGUAAUGGAAGUGCCAUGGGGCGGAUGGUUACGUAAAAUAUACACAGGUUGCUUCAAGGACAUUGGGAAGUGAAGAUCAUUAAAGAAGAAGUUUAAGAUGCUAAUUUGAAUGUUUAUUUUUAGUGUUAAUAAGAGCACAAAGAGCACCAACAAUGAAUUUAUAUAAGUGGUAGUAAUAGAUUUGAAUUUUUUUAUUUUUUUUUAUAGGCAGUUGUUAGUAUUACAAUGUUAUGUUAGAUUUUUUCUCUCAUUUGUUAGGACUUGAACCCUAAACCUCCUGCUCCUUAACCCUUAGCUCAACUAGCUUAACCAGAUGAGCUACCCUUCCCACCCCAUAUAUUUGAAUUCUUUAAGCGGGUUCAAUUUAUUAUUCUUGUGUAUGGAUAAAAUUUCAGAAGUUGAUCUUGUAUGUUCAACAUGUUUUCCGACAUAAAUUUA